AUUUGCCUUGAUCAAGUCGAUUGCCGCAUUUCAAACUGUACCUAAGCAUUUUCUUCCCACACAGAUAUGUUAAAGCGAAAAGGAUGGAGAAGAAGGAAGAUCUUGGGUCGUUUCUUAAGUAUUUGCCUCUUGUGGCUCAGUCUUCAUCUCUAGCCUGGCCACCUUCUGUUGAGCAAGAGCUCCAAACAAUCUCCGAGGGACCGACCAAGUCUAUGGUCAACUCUGGCGAGGUUCUUGCCUCGCAUAUCACGAACAUGCGCAAGUCCCUCUCCUUGGAUGCAUGUGAUCUCUCACCUAAUCCAUUACUACAAGGGUAUGCUACUUUCUUUGACAAGAAAAUUUCCAGAGAAGAGUCAGCUAAGUUUUUUGGUGAGGUGGUUCCUGCGUUGUGCGGACUACUUCUCCAGUUACCUUCAAUGUUAGAAACGCAUUAUCAGAAUGCAGACCAUGUUCUUGAUGGAGUUACAUCCGGCCUUCGCCUAUUAGCCCCUCAAGAAGCUGGCGUCGUGUUUCUUAGCCAGGAGUUGAUUGCAGCUCUUCUUGCAUGUUCCUUCUUUUGUUUGUUUCCUGAAGCUGACAGACGCUCAAAGCAUCUUCAGAGCAUCAACUUUGAUGAUUUGAUUUCGUUUCCGUUUAUGAGUUACUGCUCGAAGCGGGAAAACAAAAUAAGAUGUCUUCUCCAUUACUUUGAAAGAGUAUGUCAAUGUAUGCCCACUGGCUUUGUUUCGUUUGAGAGGAAAGUUCUUCCGCGAGGACACAAACAUAAUCCUCACUAUGUUUCUUAUCCUGAGGCUGAGUACUGGGCCAAAUCCACCACCCCGCUUUGCUCCGUUGAGAUUCAUACCUCAGGAGCUAUAGAAGAUCAACCUGGUGAAGCUCUUGAAGUGGAUUUUGCAGAUGAGUAUAUUGGAGGCCUUACUCUGAGUUAUGAUACUCUACAGGAAGAAAUAAGGUUUGUGAUUAAUCCAGAACUUAUAGCUGGGAUGAUCUUCUUGCCACGUAUGGAUGUAAAUGAAGCUAUUGAGAUUGUUGGUGUUGAAAGAUUUUCACGUUACACAGGGUAUGGACCUUCGUUCCAAUACGCUGGCGAUUACACAGACGAGGAGGACUUUGACGCUUUCAAGAGGAGAAAGACAAGAGUCAUAGCGAUAGAUGCACUUCCCAACCCAGGAAGUACACAGUACAAACCUGAGCGCCUACUUCGAGAGAUUAACAAGGCUUUUAGCGGAUACUUGCAUCAAUGUAAACAUCAAGCUGGUCCUCCUCCAUCGUCAGCUGUAGAAAGCUCAAAAAGAUGGUGUAUGGAUGAUCAUGAAGAGAAGAUUGGUGUAGCUACAGGGAACUGGGGUUGUGGUGUGUUUGGAGGCGAUCCAGAAGUAAAGAUCAUGCUUCAGUGGCUUGCCAUUUCACAGUCUGGAAGACCAUUCAUGUCGUACUACACAUUUGGCCUCCAAGCCUUGCAAAAUGUCAAUCAGGUGACUGAAAGGAUUGGUCUGCAAGAAAUGAAGGUAGGAGAGCUUUGGAGUAAGCUAGUGGAGUAUUCUGCAGAGAGGUUAAGCAGAAGCACAAGGCUUGGCUUCUUCUCUUGGUUCAUGGCCUCACUCUCUGCCACCAAUUGAGUAGAAGCUACAUCUUCUUUUCUUAAUACUAUGAGAUCACAUUUCUCUUAUCUGUUUUAUGACAAUCUGAAGUCUGUUUAUUUGUUGUUUCUUUGCUGCAUUGUAUUUGCGUGGAUUAUAUCUUUCCUUUGUGUAAAUAAUUGGUUUAUCCUGGUUAAA